AUAUCUAACUAACACCUCAGUUUUCUCUCUAUCACACUCUUCUUAUCACUUCAAUUUUUUCCAUAUUGAAUCUUCUUUUCUCACUUUUAAUAUCGGCUAAAUGUCUGAAUUAUAUGUCUACAAUGAUUUUCCUUCUUAAAAUGAAUGAACAAUAAUUCAGGGUUAGCUGAAUUCAAACCUAUCUCACCACAAUAUCUAAUUAUUUAAUAUUAUUCUCUCCCAUAGUUCCAUUUUCUUGUAUGUUAAUGCUUUCUCUAACGAAGCAUUCAUUGAGUAUCUGAGUUGGGUAUUGGUGACUGUUUCUGAAAAAAGAAAGGAAGAUGGAUCCAAUCUUUUCUGGGGCCAGCGAUUUCACAAACGGAUACCAGUUUUGUGAAGAAGGGAGCAUAUUUGUCGCGGAUCCAAAUCCAUAUGCAGAAUACUGGGAUGUGUUUCAUCAACAUGGGAACCUCUUAGAUGUUGAACCCCUUGGUUUUGCAGCAAAUACGAGCCCUGUACAAGGUUCUGUGACAUCCAUGUCCAUGAACUCUGUGACAGAUCCUUCUCUGGAAGACACUGACUUCUCAGAAACCACCAAGUUCAUAAGCCAAAUCCUGAUGGAAGAGAACCUUGAACAGGGUCCAUUUUAUGACUCCCUGGACCUGCAACUCACAGAGAAAUCAUUCCAUGAUGCUCUCAUAGACAACAACUCAUCUCUAUCGCCUAAUCAACACCCCUUAGAUGUUCAAAGCCCUUACGGUGAAACCACUAGCAGUGACAGUGACAACAACAGCAAUUUACACUACAAUUCUUGUGAGUUGAAUCCCCCUCCUCUUGAUACCCCAGUAGCUGUUAUUGGUGAUCAUGCUUUUCAGCUUAACUCUCAUGGACUGCUAGACUUGGAUUCUUCUGUUACCAAUCAAUUGGCACAAAAUAUUUUCAGUCAUGCAGAUUCUGUCUCCCAAUUUAGGAGAGGAUUAGAGGAAGCUACCAAGUUUCUUCUUCCUCCAGAACCCCAGAUUGUGACUGGUGUAGGGUCAUGUGGAGAAUCAUCGGAUACAGUUGCAGAGAAUUCAUUUGGUUUAAAGGGUAGUAGAAAGAAUCGUGAGCGUGGAGAAAGUGAUUUUGAGGAAGAAAAGAGAAGUAACAAGCAAUCAGCAGUUGGUGUUGUUGAUGAGGUGGAUGACUUAUCUGAUAUGUUUGAUCGAGUGCUGGUUCAUAUGGAACAAUUGCCACUUGGUAAUGAACACGGUUCCCGAGAGAGUGGCGCAGCAAAAGAGAUGCAGCAAGGUGAAAAGACACCAUCAUCUGAUGGAGGGAAGGCUCAUCCAAAGAAACAAGGCAGGAAGAAAGAAACAGUGGAUUUGAGGGCACUUCUGCUUCUUUGUGCACAAGCUAUUCAUACCAAUGACAACAGGGGCGCUAGUGAACUUCUAAAGCAGAUAAGGCAGCAUUCUUCUCCCUUUGGUGAUGGGUCACAAAGAUUGGCUCAUUACUUUGCCAAUGGCCUUGAGGCACGCUUGUUUGGGGAUGUUACCGGUGCACAAUUAUUUAAUUCUACUCCUACCCACAAGACAACCUCUGCUGAUGAUUUCUUAAAAGGUUACCAAGUUUAUCUAUCUCCUAACCCAAGCAGAAAGUUUGCACAUUUCUAUGCUAACAAAAUGAUUAAGAAAGCAUCUGCAAAAGCUGAAACUCUGCAUAUUAUUGAUUUUGGUAUCUUAUAUGGCUUCCAGUGGCCAUUACUCAUCAAGUUUUUAUCAGAAAGAGAAGGUGGACCUCCGAAGCUGAGGAUCACAGGGAUAGAGUUCCCUUUACCUGGCUUUCGCCCCACACAAAGGAUUGAGGAGACUGGUCGUCGUUUGGCUAACUAUUGCAAGCGUUUCAAUGUUCCCUUUGAGUACACUGCCAUAGCAUCACGGAACUGGGAAACCAUUGGAGUUGAAGACCUUAAAAUUAAGAGCAACGAGUUUGUUGCGGUAAACUGCAUGAUGAGGUUCAAGAAUUUGCUGGAUGAGACUAGUGAAAUGAACAGUCCCAGAGAUGCUGUUCUGCUUUUGAUCAGGAAGAUAAAUCCAGAUAUUUUCGCUCAGGCCAUCAUUAAUGGAUCUUUCAGUACCCCUUUCUUUGCCACACGGUUUAGGGAGGCCUUGUUCCAUUUUUCUGCUGUUUUUGACAUGCUUGACACUGUCAUAUCCCGGGAAAACCAAUGGAGGAUGAUGAAUGAGAGGGAGAUCAUAGGUCCGAACUCUAUGAAUGUAAUAGCAUGUGAAGGUUUUGAGAGGGUUGAGAGGCCUGAGACAUACAAACAAUGGCAGGUUAGGAACACAAGGGCUGGCUUCAAGCAGCUUCCUCUGAACCAGAAAUUAAUGGCCAAAUUUAGGAGCAAGUUAAGGAAAUGGCAACCGGAUAAUUUUUUGAUUGAUGAAGACAGCAAUUGGAUGCUUCAGAGUUGGAAAGGACGCAUUCUGUCUGGUUGUACUAUCUGGGUGCCUGCAAAAUGAAGUUAUCACACACUUGAAUGUAAGAAGCACAAUGACGCCGUAGUGCAGCUUAGUGGCGCUUCGCUUCCAAAACACAAGCAACAGCAAGCACAUGGCCGGCGUUGAACAGCUGCAAGAUCGAAAGCGAUUGCAGAAGCUAGGGUUCCGAUUGAAGAUUCUCAC